AUGUCGGACUGCAGAAGGCAGUGGAACCGGGAGGAUGAGCUACCUGUCUACCUGGCGGGGCCGAUCACCACCGGUCCGAACCAGCGGAAAACAUACGGGAUGUUCAGCUCCGUGGAGGGGGCGUUUGAAAGCAAGACCAUAGAUUUCGAUAACUACGCGGUGGGGAGGAAAGGGAGCCGCACCCCCAGGAGCGGGAGCCGGGAGAGGGUUUUGGACACUGGUGACCCCACUGGCAAGACGCCCAGCGAGGCCCAUGAGGGGUCACCAACCAGCUCGCCCGAUCGAGACGACGGGCGCCCCGGUGUUGAGGUCAGAUAUUCAUCUGGAAAGGGAAGCCAAAAUGGGACGGUAAGAUUGACAAGCGAAAGGCUGUUGAUUAAAGGAGGGCGUGUGGUCAAUGAUGACCAGUCUCUUUAUGCAGAUGUUUACAUCGAAGAUGGCCUCAUCAAGCAGGUGGGGGAGAAUCUGGUUGUUCCAGGGGGUGUCACAGUGAUCGAAGCUAAUGGCCGCAUGGUGAUACCAGGGGGGAUAGAUGUCAACACCUGUCUGAUGAAGCCUUUCCUGGGCACACAGCCUGUUGAUGAUUUCCUCCAGGGCACCAAGGCUGCCCUUGCUGGGGGCACAACCAUGAUUAUUGACCAUGUGUCCCCCCAGCCUGGGGACAGCCUGCUGGAAGCAUUUGAGCGCUGGCAGGGGGCUGCAGAUAAGAAGGCAUCUUGUGACUACUCCCUACAUGUUGACAUCCCUGAGUGGAAUGAGACUGUUAAAGAUGAAUUGGAGUUGUUGGUGCAAGAGAAAGGUAUCAACUCCUUCCAAGUCUACAUGGCUUAUAAGGAUUUGUACCAGAUGACCGACUCUCAGCUAUAUGAGGCUUUCUGCUUCUUGAAGAAACUGGGUGCUGUGGUGUUAGUUCAUGCUGAAAAUGGAGACCUGAUUGCUCAGGAACAGAGAAAAAUCCUUGGGAUGGGAAUCACUGGACCUGAAGGCCAUCCUCUGAGUCGUCCUGAAGAGCUGGAGGCUGAGGCGGUGUUCCGUGCCAUCACCCUUGGUAACCGCGUCAACUGUCCAGUCUACAUCACCAAGGUGAUGAGCAAGAGUGCAGCCGACACUAUUACCCAGGCCCGGAGGAAAGGUUCUGUGGUUUUUGGGGAACCAAUUACAGCUAGCCUGGCCACUGAUGGUUCUCACUACUGGAGCAAGAACUGGGCUAAAGCAGCGGCUUAUGUGACUUCUCCACCUUUGAGUCCUGACCCUACAACCCCAGACCAUCUCAACACACUUCUGUCCUGUGGGGACCUACAGGCGGUGGGCAGCGCUCACUGUGCAUACAGCAUUUCUCAGAAAGCAAUUGGGAAAGAUGACUUCACCCUGAUCCCAGAGGGAACCAAUGGAGUGGAAGAGAGAAUGGGUUUCGUCUGGGACAAGGCUGUGGCCAUGGGGAAGAUGGAUGAGAACCAGUUUGUGGCAGUCACAUCUACCAAUGCUGCAAAAAUCUUCAACCUAUACCCACGUAAAGGUCGGAUAGCGGUGGGCUCUGAUGCUGACAUCGUCAUCUGGGACCCUGAUACCAUCAAAACUAUCACUUCCAAACUUCAGCAGUCGGCUUCAGAGUACAACAUCUUUGAGGGCCUGGAUUGCCGUGGGGGACCAGUGCUGGUGUUGAGUCAAGGUCGGGUGGUAUAUGAGGAAGGAAAACUGCAGGCACAGCAGGGUACUGGUCGAUUCAUUCCCCGCAAGCCCUUCCCAGACUAUGCUUACCAGCGCAUAAAGUUCAGGAACCAGGUUAAGGGCAAGCAGGGUGUUAUUCGUGGGAUGUAUGAUGGUCCUGUGUAUGAUGUCAUUCCUACCCCCAAAUAUAUCACACCAUCACCGUCGGCCAAAACAUCACCCACAGCUCACCAGCCACCACCAAUACGCAAUCUUCACCAGUCCAACUUCAGCCUAUCAGGGGCACAGAUUGACGACAAUGUCCCUCGUCGGUCUGGCCACCGUAUAGUAGCACCCCCCGGUGGUCGCUCUAACAUUACCAACCUUGGUUGAACACUUGACACUUGUGCACAAAGUGUGGUUGUUGUGGGGUUUCACCUCUCGAGUGUGUGUGAGUGUAUGUGUAUCACUGAGAGUGUGAGCA